AUGGCGCGGAGCCGCAAGUCGCGGAAGGGGAAGAAGGAGUGGCGGCGGAACAUCAGCACGGCGGACCAUGACAAAUUCCUCGAGGAGAAGGGCCGCGAGGAGCGCAGCGGUGGCGCGCUCGACGCCGUUCCCAGCGAAAACAUAUUUUUCGUCGAUAAGUCUAAAGUUGCGCCGAAGCUCCGCAAAGCAAGGAAGAACUCUCAGAAGCCGCUUUUCGACCUGUGGGCGGAGGAAGACUUAGCUGGUAACCGCCGUGCUGUUCGCGCCACCGACAAGGCAACAUCAGAAGGAGCAGGAGGGGAGGUGGGAGAGCGAGUGAGGAGGAGGGGCGAUGGGAAGAUGAUAGGAGGCAAGGAGGACAGGAGCAAAGCGGGGUCUUCGAUUCCUGCUGUUGAGAUUGACACUCCUGGUUGCUCCUUCAACCCCUCUGUGGAAGAGCAUCAGGACGCAAUCGCAGUGGCAGUGGCGGAGGAGCUGAAAGAGAGCUACCAGGCAGCGCUGGCGCCCACGCCGCCUCAGCUGAUGGUGUCGCGGGCAGAGGAGGAGGAAGCGCGGAUGCAGGAGGCGGCGGAUUUCUUUCUGACUCAAGAAGAGGCAGAUGAAGAGGAGGAGGAGGAAGAGGAGGAUGAGGAUGGCAACACUGCUGCUGUCACCAAGCACAGAGUGCCAAAGCGUCUCACCAGGGCGGAUUUGAAUCGGCGCAUGCGGCACAAAUUGGUGGAAGCAGAAUUGGCAAAGCGGAGGAAACUGAAGGUGAUGCGGAAGGAUUUAGACCGGUUGAAGGAGCUUCAGAGGGAGUUGGAGGAGGAGAGGGAGGAGGCGGAGAAGAGGCGUGUUAGGAGGGAGAUUGCACGGGUGGAUCUGAGGAUGAAGCGAGCACCGCGAUUGGGACGACACAAGUUCAAGCCAGAGCCAAUGAGUGUGCUCACAUCAGAUCAAGUCACCGGGUCGCUCAGGCAACUUAAGGGCUCCUUCACUCUCGUUCGUGACCGCUUCAAGAGCUUUCAAAAGCGAGGGCUGAUCGAGACUCACGGACCGACCAUCAAGCAGUCUCUAUCGAGGAAGCGCAGGGUGGUGGAGCAGGGCAGCCGGGGUGCGAGGGAGCGGGAGAUGCAUGCUGAAAUACAAGCCAUGCGGGCGGCAAGGCAGGAGACCAAGAAGGCUGCUGCCAAAGCUGCUGCGGAGUCCAGCAAUCUCGAGCUGUAA